CCAACCACCCCCACAUAAGCCCCCCCCUCUUCCCACCACAUUUCUUCAUACCAUUUAAAUUAUUCUUCAACCCAUCACUCUCUCCCCAUACAGAUUCUCGUAUUCACACUCAAACAUUUCCUCGAUCCACCCACCUCGGGAAAAAAAAUGGCUGAUACACACGUCUAUCAUUUCCAGGGCGGUCAACAAGGCAUGCAGCAUCAGCACCAGAAGUCCUACCAAGUCGCCAUGACGGCCACCGCUGUGACCGUCGGUGGUUCCCUUUUCGUGCUCUCUGGGUUGGUCCUUGCUGGCACGGUCAUAGCUUUGACCAUAGCCACCCCCCUGAUGAUCAUAUUCAGCCCGGUUCUUGUCCCGGCCGUGAUCACCCUUUCCCUCAUAAUAAUGGGGUUCUUGACAUCCGGUGGGUUUGGUGUGGCUUCGGUGACGGUGUUGACAUGGAUCUACAGAUACGUGACCGGGAAGCAGCCAUCUGGGGCGGACCAGCUGGACUCGGCUCGUCACAAGCUGGCUGGGAAGGCGAGGGAGAUGAAGGACAGCGCCGAGCAUGGUCAGCAGCAUACCUCUGGUCAACAUCAGACUCCCUAAUCUGUGUACAUACCACCAUAUAUAUGUGUCCAUGCAGUUUGAUCCCGUGGUGAGGAGUUUUAAGGUAGAGAUCGUACGGCUACAAUAAUAAUAAAAAUUAGAUUUUUACAUAGAUAGGGCAGUGCAUUGAUUGUCCUCUGUCUCUGUAAUUUCAUGUGUAUUUUGUUGUACGAGUUAGUGUGUCUCUGUUUAUUUUGUUAAUUAAAUGUAUGUCUCUCUUUCUCUUGUAAUGAGCUGAAUAUUUGGGGACUGAGAACUUGUUUAAUUUGUAAUUUUUAACUUCCUGCAAGAAAAGAAAAGGUUUGUGUUUUUAA